AUGCUCUUAACAAUGUCAACCACAUACCCGCGCACAAAUGAGUUCCUAUCUCUACUUUCGCAUUGGCACGUCCGCAAGGCCGAAACCACAUUCCUCAAACGCCUCAGCAUGCGCGGCCUGGAAGUCGUCGCGCUCGCAGCAGCUAUGCUCUUCGUUCCACUUACCAUGCACCGCGCGGUACAAGGCCUAGACGAGAUAUACGAACUACUAGGACGAAGAGCGCAGUCACCGUAUGUGACAACCUCAUGGAUGAGCAUCGCCGCCGCUGCGACUAUGCUACUAGGAUGGCACAUCUGGCUCGGUCGGCUGAGUUACAGAACCAUUCUAGAAGCGACAUCGAUACCUUUAGAAACAACUAGUACCACGGAAGAAAAGGAGUACCUGAAAGAAAAGAAGGCACAAGAAGAACGGAUAUCGUGGGGUCGUAUACUCAGCCGCCUCGUCAUACCUUGUCUACUUCUUACACUGGGUUCGCACUUCGUUUUCGAUAUCUUCACGCGCAUCAAGGAUCCCAGACCGCGGAUUACGCUGAAUAAUGUGGACAUGCAGGAAGCUAUCGGGCAGCUGUAUGGGUUUCGAUGA